AUUGAAUAUACAGCUUUGUGUAUGCUUGCAAGUCAUUGCAGUGCGGUUUAUCUGAUUGGUACCGAUCUCUUUCAAAGUGUGUAGCCUACAAUUCAAAGUGAGAAACCUCACUUGAACUGGCCAAGAAUUGAGGCUGUCAUUUCUGAACUACUAAAAUGAGUAUUUUGGCCUACAAUGGGGCUGCCAUCAUGGCAAUGAAAGGAAAGAAUUGUGUCGCCAUUGCUGCUGAUCGACGCUUCGGUAUCCAGGCCCAGACAGUGAGCAUGGACUUUGACAAAGUAUUUGAGAUGGGACCACAUUUGUACAUUGGACUGCCUGGCUUGGCUACAGAUGUACAGACAGUGUCACAACGAUUGAAGUUCCGUUUGAACAUGUAUGAACUGAGGGAAAACAGAAAAAUCAAGCCGAAGACUUUCAUGGCCAUGGUGUCCAAUCUGCUCUAUGAGCGUCGAUUUGGGCCGUACUUUGUUGAGCCAGUAAUUGCCGGUCUGGACCCCGCUACCUUUGAGCCGUACAUUGCCUCUAUGGAUCUCAUCGGCUGCCCCAUGGAGACCAACGACUUUGUGGUCAGCGGAACUUGCUCUGAGCAGAUGUACGGCAUGUGCGAAUCGCUCUGGGAGCCAGAUCUGGAACCUGAUGAUUUGUUUGAGACAAUCUCCCAGGCCCUGAUGAAUGCCUUUGACCGUGACGCUGUCUCUGGUUGGGGUGCUGUGGUGCACGUCAUAGAAAAAGACAAGGUGACAACAAAGUACCUCAAGACCAGACAAGACUGAUGGAUUUAUCCACUGAUAUUUUUGUUUUUGCAUUAAUUACUUUUCAUCUGCAAUUUUAUAUGUCAUGAAAACUGUUCUACGUUCCACUGUUGUCGUCGUGUUGUGGGAGUGUGUGCGUGUGUUGAGCUUCUACGUUCCACUGUUGUUGUCGUAUUGUGAGAGUGUGUGCAUGUGUUGAGCUUCUACGUUCCACAUGAUGGUGGCAGUGCUCAGAUGUCUCUCCAAUGAUGUCCAACCAGUGAAUGAGGCCCAUUGAAGUCAUUAUUAAAGAUGCUGGAAAACGAUCA